AUGACCUAUCCGCCGUACAUGAACAUGUCUCGGCUGAGAGAAUGCCUCACAGCCCUGGUGGAUGUGGACAAUGAGAGCCACCCGCUGUACACCGUACUGACCGUACAGGCUCUUCCUGGCUUCGAAGCCCGAGUGGCAGUUGUUCGGUUGAUUCCCCAGUGCGGCCCUGACACACCAGGGUUGCUGAGAGUGCUGUCCUGGGUGCUGAACGGUAUGAGUGUACGGGUACAGCACGGCCUGCUGGAGACCACCCCGGAGGGUAAUGUUCGUGACAGUCUCUGGGUAACGGACUUCCGGGGCAAGAAGCUCAAGGACGCAUCCGCGGAGUCCCUGAGGUCCCGACUGGAGGACUUCCUGAUCGUCUGCGGUACAGAGGUGGCGGUGACGACCCAUGAGUGGAGGUGUGGCGCCAUUGAGGUGUCCAACAACGCGCAUCCGGAGCUGACCCAGGUGAUUGUGCGCGGUGAGCCCUCCGCUCAUAAGCCCGGUUUCCUCCUGGAGCUUACCACAGCCCUGACGGGUGUGGGGGCCAGCAUUGUGUCGGGGGCCAUCCAGGGGGGGGUAGAUGGCCCCCUGCCGGAGAGUGCCGUAGCGGAGCCGUCGUACGACUUCCGACAGGGCCGGUACUUCAAAUUCAUGUUGCGCGGUCCAGCGGGAGGCCAGAUGGAUAGCUGGGAUGCCGACCGCGUGGCGUCUCUGAUCUUCGUGUUACGGCUGUUGGAGGGCAAGGGCUCCAUGCCCACUGUGGCCCCCAACAUGGACGCGUUGCUGCGGGAGGCAGCGUACGGCGUCACACUGCCCUCACCCUGCUCGGCGUGA